AUGGAAGAGGCAUUUAGAAGGCUGAAUGGGUUUACCCGCUCCACCGAACCCGACCCCAUCUCUGACCCACCCAGGAAGUCAACCACCGCUACCCCGACCAACAAGCGCAUGCUCAGAGACACCACGACAACCGCAGGCACUGGCACCGGCGGCGGCGCAAUGAGAUACCGAGGCGUACGACGAAGGCCAUGGGGUCGUUACGCUGCCGAGAUCCGGGACCCACAGUCCAAAGAGCGGCGUUGGCUCGGCACCUUCGACACGGCUGAGGAAGCCGCCUGCGCCUACGACUGCGCUGCUCGAGCCAUGCGCGGGAUCAAGGCUAGGACCAACUUUGUCUACCCGUCUUCCCCUCCUCACGCCGCCGUCAACGACCAUCUCCUCCCUCCGUUCAGCUUCCACAAGCAGUCUCAGCCUUGCGUGAAGAGAAGUAACGGCUACGGCGCUGGCCACUCUUCGAGUUGGCCGUCUGUAACGCCGUUUACUCAGUACCCAGCAGCUAAUAAUAAUGACGCUGCUGCCUCUCCUUUGAACAUGCUCUUCUUUAGAAACUUCAUCAAUUCCUCACCAAACCCAUCUCCGGUUUAUAACCAGUUUCCGUACAAUAUCAGUGGUUCUUCUUCCUCUUCUUCUUCAGCUGCUUUGGUCAACACUACCAGCUGUGGUCAACCUCAUGAAACCAACAUGUCAGCAAGUACUAAUUUCAGUUCUACUGGUACUGGCUCAUCAUCUUCCAUGACUGUAGCUACUUCCGUUCCUCUCCUGGAUAUUACUUCUUCUUCCACAAAACCCACCACCCAUGACGAUCAUUCAGAUUUCUUUGCUGUGGAGCCAUCUGAUUCUGGGUUGUUAGAAGAGGUCAUUCACCGCUUCUUCCCAAAACCCACCUCCAAGAAGUCAAUGGACCCUCCAAAAUCAGCUGACUAUGGUCGCCAUAAUAUGAACAACAUUCCUUCAAGUUCCAGCGAGGCCUCUUUUGUGUCUGCAAAUCAAGCUCCUCCCUUUGAUGGGCCGACAAAGAAUCAUCCUCAUCAGCAUGGAGGUGUAUGCUAUAACUUCGAAGAAUUGCUGCCACAACCACAGCAGCUUGGAAACAGUUUCAGUGUUGGAAUGGAUUAUCAACCACAAGUAUCACAGACGACGCAGGCCGUACCGUUUUACAAUGAUCACGUGCCAAUCAACGUCCAGCUGGGCGGCCAAGAUUACUCCAUGGUCGAUAAUAACAUGUUCCAGUACCCUGAGUUCAUGGGUGGUUUUGCUGCCAGGGUCCAGAACUGA